CACACAUUUACGUUUAUAAAAAUCGAAACCGAAGAAGGAAACCUUUCAUAAAACCAGAGAAAAAAAAACCCACAAUGAUUUUCCUCCCUCCCAAUGGAAAAAAGUCAGAGUUUUGAAUUUUAGUAACUUCUAAAAGCUGGGGGUUUCCCGUUGAUUUAGUCCCCUUCCUUUGCACAAUUUCUGUGAAAUGAGCAACCUAGCAUUUCCUUCUGUUUAAAAUUCUUACCCAAUCUUUCUUUUUGUAAAGGUUCAGUGUUGGUAGCCGUUGCCGUUGUUGACUGCUUUCCCCACUAUUGAAUCCUCGGGCCAUGACAUUCUUUCAUGCCCUCCUUUUGUCCAUUUUUUUGUUCUUCGGAUAAUCAAGCUUUGGUGAUUUUGUCCCACAUCGAAUGCAGCUCUAGAUUGCCCCUCUAGUCAAGGUCUCGCAGAGAGAAAGAGAGUUAUGGGGUCUUUGGUAGCUAGGAAAGGGAGGAACAAACAACGGUAUGAGGAUCAACUGAGGCUUGUUGCUGGGUGUAUUCCUUACAAGAUUGAGAAGGAUGUUGAAAAUCAGAAUACUAAUUUUGAGAGCAGGCUUAGUGUUCUUAUGAUAUCUACACCAAAUCGCGAUGAUCUUGUAUUCCCUAAGGGUGGAUGGGAGGAUGACGAGACUGUUUAUGAAGCUGCAUGCCGUGAAGCCUUGGAGGAAGCUGGAGUCAAAGGAAUACUUAGUGAAAAACCACUUGGAGUCUGGGAGUUUAGGAGCAAGAGCAGACAGGAUAGCUGUAGCCUGGAAGGUGGUUGCAGAGGUUACAUGUUUACUCUGGAGGUGACUGAAGAACUUGACUCAUGGCCUGAACAAGAGAGCUACAAGAGGAAAUGGCUUACCACAGAAGAGGCAUUUAAAUUUUGCCGGUAUGAUUGGAUGAAGGAGGCUCUUAGAAAUUUUUUGACACUUCUCUCAACAAACGAAAUGAAUGCAAGUGUAGAAAAGUUAUCAGAGCUUCCUAUGAUCACAGCUGCGGAUACAUUGGCAGAGCAUCAAAGGUUAUCAGCUGGCUGCUCUGGUAAACCAUCCACUAUGCAUCACCUUGAAGAAUCUUGUACAACGUCCAUCAUGCUAAGGUUAGUAUUACCUCAACCAUUCUCCUGAUGAAACUUCAGGUCAGCAACAACUGUACAAUUGUGCAUCUUAUAUUCAGUCUUUUCUUCUCAUUCCGUACAUUUCUGUGAAAACAUUGGAUCCAAGGAAGAUGUAAACUUGUGCUUUUGUAGAUGUCAGUGAAUUGUGUAGACUUCAAUGAACUGAUUUCUUCAAUGAAGAAUUUCUCUCUUUCUUGUGUGCCUAUUUAUAUUUGAACCCAAAAACCUGAGUCCAAACCCUUCACUCUUCAUACUAUGAAAGAACAAGAAUCUCUCUUCCUCAUGUUGAUGCAUGAACUACGUUGGGUUGGAUUUCCAGAAGAGCACGAAGGUCCAAUGAGACUCAAUAGGAUAGUUCUGUAUAACACUUCGUGAAAAGUUCUGAGGUGUCAACUUUCUAUUGCUAGAAGACCUGUAACGUGAACAAGGGACAGAACACAAGUAUCACUCUGAAUCUUUGAUACAACAGAGUUGAUCAUGUUGCCCUCUGCCCUGACUUGGGAAGCCAUGGUAGUCCAACUACAAACAGGCAAACAAAGGCAGAAAAUAUCACACCAACAGCAAACACACCUUUUGUAGUUAAGGAUCUAUAUCAUUGGGACCCCUGCAUCUAUAACUUUGACAGCUAAUUAUCCCCUGUACUUUGGUAAUAUAUAUCAUGCAACAGC